AUGCUAGAUCCGGGGCUCGAUUUGGGACCCGACCAGUACAACAUAUCAGAAGACUGUCGUGUGCAGCUACGUCGAUUGGCUGAAUACGGUGGACCUCAGCCACUGCCUUUACCAACUGCUGUGAUUAUUGUUUGUUGUAUUCCAAUGGUUAUUAUUAUUCUGUUGACUAUAUUCGGUAACCUGCUCGUUCUAUUCUUCAAAGCUCGUGUUGGUCGAACAAAUACUACGCUUCUUGUGUGGAAUCUUGGCCUUACUGAUUUCCUUGUUGGCCUUAUUGUUUUACCACUUGGUGCAUUUCAUCUUGCCUAUCGAAAAUGGAUAUUUGGACGGUUUAUGUGCAGAGUUUGGGUGGCUGCUGAUGUCACUUUCUGCACUUGUUCAGUGGUAAGCUUACUCUCAAGUAUCAUCUCAUUUAUAAGAUUUUCGAAGGAUUUUUUGAACUCGCUUCACUGCACCCCUUCCCUUGUAAGCUUAUUUCCAUUUAUCAUUACAUUUACUGAGAUUCAAGACGGUUCGUAG